AUGUCAACUGUACCACCUUAUAUAACCUCGGGCUCUACCUCUAGAGCCCAUCACAGCCUGGUGGUAAAGCUGGAAGCUGCUGCAUCCGAGAAUGAACGACAAGUCAUCCUCACUAGCGAGCUGGACCGAUGUCGUAUCCUCUUUACCUCUUCGCCUUCGAACUCCAAAGUGUCCGAAACGCUCAUCGUUAUUCUGCAAUGUGCAAUGUUACGACAGAGCACAGAUGACAAGCUAGAAUGGGCCUUGAUCAAGGCUCUUGACUUGGCCGAGACGGGGCAGACGCUUGCAGAGCGACGGAUGGGAUAUAUGUUCCUGUCAGAGAUAAUGCCAAAGGGUCAUGAACUAGAGCUGAUGCUGGUCAACACCAUCCGCAAAGAUCUAGCCUCCAAGCAAGCCCAGCAAGUCCUCCUAGGCCUUACAAUGGUGAUUCAGUUCCCUUCGGCGGAGCUUGCCCCAGCUGUGAGCCCCCUACUUACGAGCAAAGACCUCUUGAAGCACAAGAAUUCCGCCGUCCGUAAACGAACGUUUCUGGCCCUAGGAGCUUUAUACCCCAACCCCCCACCCUCAACCCACAAAGGCAAAGCCAAAGCUACAGAUCCCCUCACACCGUCUUGCAGCUUCCCUCUGUCAAUGGGAAAGGUUGCCAAGCUUCUGUCGACCGAAACCGAUUCGAGCAACCAGAUCGUUCUAGUCCGAAUCAUACGUGAUAUGCUGAAGCACGGUGCGCAUUCGAUAGCCAGCGAAGAGGAAAUAUCCUACCUAGUCGAACUAGUCUUGGAAAAGUCCGAGCAGGCGCAAGGAGUAGGGAAAUUCGAGAACGUCCGCACUCUGGGAAGUCUGUUGAGUCGGUCGGAUCAGGGACUUGAAAUCCCCUUUACAUGGCUACGAGGAGAAUUGCAGAAUUCACGACUGACUAGUCGGUCCGAUAUGGCUUUCAUCUUAGAGGCUUGCGCUCUGCAGGUCGUCAAGACCUCCCCAGAUAUCAUUCCUAUCCUUCUCCGACAUAUCAAAGCGGCUUUACUUCUGUCGAGUACCACUGGAACUUCGAGUUCGAACAUGCACGUCUUCGCACUCCGCUGUCUAACUCAACUACCGAAAGAAAGUUGGGAUGGCCAAUUAGACGAGAACGAAAUGGGUAUUAUCAUGCAAGGUCUGGAGCAUGUGGACGAUACCAUUCGUAAACUCACGUUAAGGCUUCUCCUAGAUCUGGAUCCAACGCUUCUGGACCUGACUUUCGAUGGUCUGCUCAAACAGCUAGAAACACACGAUUUACCCAAUCUUCGAACCCGAAAGUCAUCUAAUCUUCAUAGUGAUCCCGACCACACUGGAAAAGGUACACUCGCUACUCGUGCUUUGGAAGUUGCGGAAGUCAUGUGUGGAAUAGGCACUCGUGAAGCAGAAGUGGAACCAUCAGGAGCUCAAUAUGUUCAGACCGUUUCAAAAAUCCUGGUUGCCUAUCAUGAGGAUGGUCCGGAACAUCCUUGGGAAGAAGGUAUCAGACGUAUAUUGGAAAUGCUCCGUGAUGGUUCUGAAUCAUUUGCCACUUCAUUCACCGCUAUCAUUGUCGCGCCCGAAGCUACGAACGAUAGUGGGGCCACUUUGGCCGUCGUCCGUGCUACUGUCAUCUGCGAAUAUGCCCGUCAACCUCUAUCAGAUGGGAAGCAGAUCCUGAGCACUUUGCUCAAAGACCUGAAGGCAUCUCCAGGUUCGGUCCAAGAAGUCAUCCUCGUGGCUUUAGUCGCUAUUGUGUAUCGCAUGCCGGCGAAUCCUCGACACGAAGGCAUUGAGGAGAUUAUCUCUGUGCUUCAAGAUCUACGCGCAGGCUCAUCAAAGCAUGUGUCAAAGCGAUGUGGUCAGGUCAUGACGGUCUUCCAGACUGAAGGCGCAUUAGACCAAGUCUACCGCUCUACCAAGUCGCAUUCUCCACCCGAUCUACUGGUCGCGAUCGUCGAAACCGCAUCUUCUCUCUCUCGAUCACCCCAGACCUCCCCAAUGACAUAUACUCCUGUCCAACUCACCGCCUCUCGAUCUCCCGCCUCGAAGCUGCGUUAUGAUCCCUACGACGCCCCAUCGCUUUCUCCUCCGUUUUCGCCUCACGCACCCCUUUCCCGUACUUCGGUGCCGAGGGCUGCUGAUUUACCGAGGAAUGGGUCUUCCAUCAGGGAAAGUUAUGCUUUGAUGGACGAACAAGAACAGGAAGAAGUCAGUCAACAGUUGAUUCCCCAGGAGAGGUAAUGUUCAACGAAUGAAACCCACGAGCAUUUCUACCUACAUAUCAUCAUAUCAUGCACAUGCAACUAUCAUCAUUUCCC